GCCCCCCGCUGGCGUCACCACAGCUGCUAGCUCGUCGGUUAGCGUGCUAACGGCGUUCAGCAGUGAUGAGACAGAGACAGGAUGAGACAGCAAACCUGCGAAUGAAGCCAUUUCACCAUCCUCACGCAGGCCUGAGAACAGAAAGCGGCGUAAAACGGAUUUAAACCGGCGAGUCGGAGCGUCUGAGUGCGUAUUCGAUCAAAUCAUGAGUCCGGAGGAGCGUCUGCGGCGCUGAGGUGAUGUCGACCGUCUGUUUAUGUUCAUUUAUCAGCCGGCAUUGAGCCGUAACUGACGCGUGUCACUGACACAUUCGCGUAUUUCUGUCAGGACAUAUGCUGCUGAUGGAUUGAGUUAGCUGUCAGUUAACCAGCAGGCGCGUUUAAUGUGCUAACCAGGAGCUAGCUGACGUUAGCCUGCAUUAUUUAUUAUAAACACUCAUUGAUCAUAAGCAGCGCUGCGAUCUGCUGGAGGAGCUGUCAAACUCUUGCUUGCUCUUUAAAUGGGGACUAUAAACGCUUUCCUAACGACGUCACUGCACGGACUGUAACGUGUUCGUUGGGUUCAGUACACCGUUUACCCUAUUUACAUCCCAGCAAGAGCGAAUCCAGCAGAUGCAUCACUCAGACUCCACCGGCGAGUCGCCCGGCAGCAGGAGGAUGUCCCACCCGUCGGCGUUCGCCGGACGCAGGGGCAGCGGCGCCGCCGCCGCCGUCCAGUCCGACGACCACCAGACGUCCACCCUGAUGGCGCAUCCGCCGCCGGCCGGCUCGUCGUCCCCCGGGCCGCAUCACCCGCCCCACAGCCUCGGCAUCCAGAGCGUCGGGACGCAGGUCAAGAAGAAGAGCGGCUUCCAGAUCACCAGCGUCCUGCCCGCGCAGGUGUCCGCCAGCGCCAACAACAGCAUCGCCGACGACACCGAGAGCUACGACGACAUGGACGAGUCGCACACCGAGGACCUGUCCUCGUCCGACAUCCUCGACGUGUCCGUUUCCCGAGCCACGGACACGGGCGUCCCCGAGAGGAGCUCGUCCGAGGAGACGCUCAAUAGUUUGCACGGAGGCGAGACGCCCGGAGUCACGUCGCCCAACGAGCCGGUGAUGCACCAGGGGUACAUGGUCAACGGCGUCCAUCAUCACGCUCACCAUCACCAUCAUCACAAGACCGGACGACCCGCGGCUCUGGCGACCGUCCCCGCCGUCCAACAGGCUCCGGCCCCAAGCGGGCGUUCCGUCCAAGCCGCGGUCGCGGAGCCCGGCGGAUCUGCCUCGAGUCACGCCGCCGCGCCGGUUCCUGUCGCGACAGACGCCGCCGGUGCUCCCGUCCCCGCUGGAACUACGACGGCUGCGCCCGCAAAUCCGACCGCCCAAACUCAGCCGAGCGCCGCGACCACCGCCUCUCGCUUCAGGGUGGUGAAGCUGGAUUCCAACUCGGAGCCGUUUCGCAAGGGUCGCUGGACUUGUACGGAGUAUUACGAAAAAGACGCCCCACCCGGAGACGCCGCGCCCAUCGCUCACAGAGCGGUGGAAAGCGUCAUUCAGUCUGAACACGAGUCCACGAGCGGCAGCUCCUCUGGAAGCACCUUGAGCGGCGGAGGAGACGUCCACGGUUUGCACGCUCAAGACCCAGGCGCUCACCUGGUUCCUCAAGCCACCGUCGCUCCCUCGGUCCUGUUGGGUGUGGAGGGUUCAUCCGCUCUGGUUCGAACCUACAGUGUAGAGGCCCAGAGCAGCUACCCUGCUAAACCUCCGGUGUCCAUCAGCCAGAGCGUGCUUCCUCCCACAGCUCAACCUCUUCAGAUUCCUCCAAUUCCGAAUGCAGUGUCGCCCAGAGCUGUCGGGAUACCGGGGCUUCCUCCGGGGCCUGUGUCUCCGAGGCCCCAGGUUCCCACCCCGCAGAUGGGGAUCAACCCAGACCAAACUGGAGCCCAGCUGGCUACGUCCGGCACCUCCGGCAUGCCUCCGUCUGCCGCUCUGAGUAACCUGCAGCCGCUGCUCCCGGGCCAAGCGCUGAGGGCCCCGCUCCCCGCGGCGGGCCCCACGUAUGUGACGGCCUCGCAGCUGGAGGAUGCUCAGCGACUCCUGCUGCAGCACCACCCGCUGCUGUCGCUGCCACGGCUGGCCGCAGGAGGCAUGGCGGGCCUCGCAGGACCGACUGCGUCUGAUGCUGUGGCCGCUCUCGGACAGGAUGGAGGUGCCAGUGCUUUUGCUGUCUCAGCUGGUGUAGAUGAAGACAGAGAUCUCAGUGAGGUCUGGUCUGAUUAUUGUCCCGCGUACAGACUCGUGGUGUUUGAGAUGAUGAGUGACUCUCAUGAGGAGGCAGUGUUCUUGUUAGAGCUCAUUAGUCUGUCGGACCAGACUUUGUCAGAGGAAACGCAUCAGAGCUGCACGUCUGUCCGGUUUCACGGUGGAGCUCCUGAUGUUCCUGUUCUGCUGUGUGAUAUGCAAAACCAGGUAAAAGCCAUCUCGGUCAAAAAUGAGAUAAUGAUAGUGAGUGAAUGCUCAGGACACAUGUUAUAUGUCCAUCAAAUACUUUUACUUCAAACUCGCUAAAUUCCAGCCUCAGCCCAAUCUCUAUCUAAUUACAUAGAAACCUAUACAAAGUAGCCAGAAACAAAUGCUCAUUUUAAAGAAAUUAAAGAAGAUCAUUUUAGAGCAUUUUUAAUGAGCUUUUAAACCUUUUAGCAGACGCUUGUAUGUGGAGUGACUCAGCAGUCCAACAGUGUGGCAUGUGUUUGAUCUGAAUGAGAUCAUCUAUGGAUACUAAUUAUGCAAGAAUGAUGCAAACAGUGAUAAUGGACCUUUAUCGCAGCGAAAUUGAACACCGGAAGCGCUUGUCGAAGCAGUGUAUCGAUUCUUCCGGUUAUGUGUAUUUUUCAAUAUGCUGUAAUCACCAGUUGAAUAAAAGCCUGUGAAAAUGAGGAUCUGCAGGUUGAAAAUCCAUACAUUUUCAGAGACAGACGAAGAAAUAUUCUGAUGAUUACUGUGCACAUAAUUUUCCAAACGCAACGGAACUUGUAGUUUUAUCCAACGUACCGAUCUGAGAAACCCAUUGCUCAUAAACAUGCGUGAUUUCACCACACUGCGUCAGUGCUGCGGUGUGUGUGAGACCUGAUGAAUAAGAUCUGAAUCAACAUGUUUAUUUAUUUGUUUUUAAAUUUUAGUCUUUAUUCUGUCAUUCUUCAUUCACAGUCAUUUCACUGUAUGUAAUUCACGUUUAUGCCAAAAUUCUUAAAUAACACUCAAAUCACGCUGUCAACGCGUUAUACUGUCUAGGAUUAAUUAGCUAAAAAGUUCAACAUUGUUAUUUCUUUAAGGCAACGCCCGCACAUUCA